AUGGCUGCAAGAGAGGGGGAAGAAAUUGUGGCCACCCUCUUCGGCGACAUUCACUAUUUUUACGGCGGCGAGGAGGAGAAACCGCGUCAUCAUCGCUUCGACAAGGGCUCGUAUGUCUAUUUAUUUGAGAAUGCGCACGCGCGCCGUUGCCGUAUCGAGAUCGCGAACAAUGCUGGCACUGAAGACCAAGACGCCUUUGAUGGUUUUCUGGACCAGAGUCAUGUCCGAUACUCCUACAAGCAGCACUGCAUGGUCUCGUUGACUGUCCCCCAGCACGCUCCCCCAGAGGAAUGGCAUCUCCCCACCUUCGACCCUCGCAACGAGAACAAAUAUCACUACAAGCUUCACUCCCUCGACAUAUACUUUUGGACCGAUAAAGACGCACUGCAAUUUGUCAAUGGCGUCCGGAGGGUCCUGCCGCCAGCACAAGUCGAGGUCCUCGACGAGCCCGUCGCCAUUCAGCCUGGCGCUGUAAGCGCUGUCGUUCAGAAUCUUGAGAAUGUCGCCAUUUCGGAUCCGCAGUACGCUGAGCGCCAGGACUCGGCGACGUCGACGCAGCAAAAUGGAGCUGUGAUUCCAUCUAGCGCAAGCACGGGGCUGUCGAUGGACAACUUGCCACCUCCGCCUCCGAUGCCACAGCACAUGCAACAGCAGCAACAGCAACAGCAGCAGCAGCAGCAGCAGCAGUCGCCGAAAGCUCCGGCAAGCUUUGCUCCGAUGGCAUACAACCCAGCUGCGCCAGUGGCUCCAGAGACUGUCGCUCAUCGCGAAAAGACGCCUCCACCAGAUGAAGAUCCGUUGAAUCCUCUCGCCGUCGCUGUUGCUUACGAUUACCAAGGACAACCUUUCACACCAGCCUAUACUCAUUCCCAGUUUCCUCCUGGAGUCACCAGCCCCGGGCUUCCUCCCAGCGGUAUGAUCAGCCCGCGCAUGGCACCGCCGUCUUUCGGCGGCCCUCCUCAGCAGCCUGGCCUUCACCGCGCGCAGACGAUGCCCGUGCAGGCCGGCCUUGCAUCGCCCAGCCUCAACAGCACAUUCGCCGCCAACAUUCCCGGACCGCCGAGCUUCGCACCUCCGCCCACCGCGGCGCAGUCGCCGCCGCAAGUACAGCCGCCGGCGCCGGCGCAGUCGACGCCGCCCACGACCAAUGCGGCAGGCCUCCCGCCGCCGCUCGGAGGCUACUCCAACUAUAGCUAUAACAAUCCGACACCGGCGCAAAAUGGGGGAUUGGACUAUUCGCUCCAUCAGCAGGUAUAUCGGCCGACCGAGGUGGAGAUGACGGCCAAGAUGCAGCCGUACCAGCCGAAGAAGGAGACAAAGAGUAAAUUGGAGCAGAAGGCGGGGAAGCUGGAGAAUGGCGUGACUGGGAUGCUGAAGAGGUUUGAGAAGAAGUUUGGAUAA